GAGGGGGAAGCUGUGUGCCCAGCUUGGCAGAUCCCAGGGCCCUUCCAUCCCUAGCAUGAGCCUGCAAUCAUUGGUUCUGACAUGUGCCUCUCCCUGCAGGCCUACAACAUCCAUGUGAAUGGGGUGUUGCACUGCCGAGUGCGCUACAGCCAGCUCCUGGGGCUGCACGAGCAGCUAAGGAAGGAGUAUGGUGCUAAUGUAGUUCCAGCCUUUCCCCCAAAGAAGAUCUUCACGCUCACCCCAGCAGAGGUGGAGCAACGACGGGAACAGCUGGAGAAAUACAUGCAGGCUGUGCGGCAGGACCCAACGCUGGGAGUCAGUGAGACCUUCAACAGCUUUCUGCGCAAGGCCCAGCAGGAGACACAGCAGAUACCAACAGAGGAGGUGGUGCUGGAAGUGCUGCUCUCCAAUGGCCAAAAGGUCAAGGUCACCAUCCUCACCUCGGACCAGACAGAGGAUGUUCUUGAGGCUGUGGCCUCCAAGCUGGAUCUGCCUGAUGACCUGGUCGGCUACUUCAGCCUCUUCCUAGUGAGAGAGACAAAGGAUGGAGCUUUCUCCUUUGUACGGAAGCUGCAGGAGUUUGAGCUGCCAUAUGUGUCUGUCACCAGCCUGCACAACUCUGAGUUCAGGAUCAUUCUGCGCAAGAGCUACUGGGACUCCUCCUAUGAUGACGAUGUAAUGGAACAUCGUGUGGGACUCAACUUGCUGUAUGCACAGACGGUGUCAGACAUUGAGCACGGAUGGAUCCUUGUCAACAAGGAACAACACCGGCAGCUCAAGUCUCUGCAGGAAAAAGUCUCCAAGAAGGAGUUUAUCCGCCUGGCGCAGACCCUGAAGUACUAUGGCUAUCUCAAGUUUGAUCCCUGCGUCACGGACUUCCCUGAGAAGGGAUGUCAUGUCGUUGUCAGUGCUGGCAACAAUGAGCUCAACUUCCAAGUGCGGCUGCCAAAUGAGCAGAUAAAGGAGGGCAGCUUCAAGGUCACACGCAUGCGGUGCUGGCGAGUCACAUCCUCAGUGCCGAUGAGCAAUGGUCCCUCAGGGAGCAGCCCAGGGAAGUCAGAGGUGAAGCUGGAGCUGGCUUUUGAGUAUCUCAUGAGCAAGGACCGGCUGCAGUGGGUCACCAUCACCAGUCCACAGGCCAUCAUGCUGAGCAUCUGCCUGCAGUCCAUGGUAGAUGAGCUGAUGGUGAAAAAGUCUGGCGGCAGCAUCCGCAAGAUGUUUCGCCGGCGGGCAAAUGGGGCCCUGCGGCGCUCGGACAGUCAGCAAGCCGUGAAGUCUCCCCCGUUGCUGGACUCACCUGAUGCCUCCCGGGAGCCAAUGGCCAAACUCUCGAGCAAGCUCACCUCUGUCAGCCUGCGAGGGAUCAGCCACUCCAGCUCUGCUAACGAUGUGGGCGCUAACGACUUCCAUGGCAAUUAUGCCUUUGAGGGCAUUGGUGAUGAAGAUCUGUAGCCGCUCCCCCUUCCUAGGACAGCACUGGCCUGAGGGCCCAAGGGCCUUCGCUGAGGAAUGUACGACCUGCAGACAGGUUGCAAUCAACGUGCCUCUCACCUGCUACCAUCCACCUUCCCUUGUUCCCCAAGGGCUGGGGAUUGCAUCCCAAACCCACCAUUGCCUUCAGGCUGGGGGCAGCUGAGCUCCUCCUGCUGCUGGCUUCCCGCAGGGACAGCCUGUGCUAGUGCCCAGCUGGGAGAGGGCUCGUUCCCAGAAUGGCACCAGCCUCACCCAAGCAGCGUGCCCAGGCUGAGCCCUGGAGCAGGUGUCGUGGAGCCUGGCCCCAGCUCCAGAAGGGCAGAGCCGCCCUCUUCUCCCACCCUGGGAGUACCUGGGUCCGUGCCAGGCCUGGCCCGCUGCACCAGUGGGAGCUACCAGCUACGUGGGAGGGUGGCUGCCCUGGGGGGUGGUGGCAGCAGCCUGGUGGCACCGAGCGGCCCUUGAAGCUCCAUAAUGUCAAAUUAGCAUUUAGGUUUCUGCUCUGAGACAGACUGCAGUAAACUGUCUCUGGUGGGGCUCUGCGCAGAGCCCUGUCUCUAACCUGCUCAUAGGCUCCAGUGUAAUCUAGGCUUGUAACCACGUAUCUUUUGCUGCUCCGACCGACCAGAGCAUUAAUGGACAGUAACCAAUGUUUACAUACUGCAAUGAUGAUUAAAAUGGAUCCUGAUUGGUA